UCAUUUGGUCGUGGACGUCGGGCAUGCAUAGGAAUCAACUUGGCUUACUGUAAUAUGCUUACAGUUAUAGGUUAUACAUUAGCAAUCUUUGACCUUGAAUUAGAAAAAGACCUACUUGCUAAUGAACCGAUAAAGAUUAACCUUGAUGCAGGAAAAGGUCACGAUCUCGAUUAUCUUCCACCAGAAUAUAAGAUAAUUUUUAAAGUUCGUGAUGGAGUAGAUAUUAAGACAGCUUUAGCGAA